ACCACUGAGGGAGUUGCGAUGAAACAUGUUAUGUUGUGUGCCCAACAAUGUCAUAAUAAUGUACACAACAACUCUUCUCCUUCUGUCCUUGGACUUUGAUUUUUCUGUAUUUCCAUACUUUAUCCAUUUUUGGCAUCUGGGUUUCUUUCUUCUCUCUCCAAAAUCGAAUCUUUCUCAUCUGGGUCACUCUAUUUGCCCUUUCAACUUACUCAUCGGUUGCGUAGCGUGAUGGCUCUGUUCUGUCACAAUGAGUGCUCUGAAUAGGACCAUUUCCUUCAACAAAACCUAUUCCUUCAAUCGAAGGUCCCUCGCCAUUGGAAGUCCCAGAGUCAGUCUUAACAACACAAACAACAACCGCUUCGGAUGUGUCUCUCUCAGGUUUCAGGUUCUUAUCAUCGUUGCCUCUGUCCUUUCCUUCUUUGUAGCCGUAGGUGGCUACAUGUACGUCCUUCCAAGCCUUAGCCAAGCGUUUUCCAAUGUCCAAGUUCUUUCAUCUGAGCGCAACAAUGGAUCAGUUAGAGAUUGUGAUGUGUUUGAUGGAAGCUGGGUGCGGGUUCAAGAUCACCCCUUGUAUAAUGCCACAGAGUGCCCUUUCGUAGAAGGGGGAUUCGACUGUGUAGGGAAUGGGAGGAGUGACAGGGAUUAUCUUGGAUGGAGGUGGAAGCCUAGGAGUUGUGAGAUUCCAAGGUUUGAUGUGCGCGGUGUGUUGGAAAUGUUGAGAAGCAAAAGGAUUGUUUUUGUCGGGGAUUCAAUGAGUAGGACUCAGUGGGAGUCUCUGGUUUGCAUGCUCAUGGCUGGUGUUGAAGAUAAGAGAGGUGUUUAUGAAGUGAACCGGAAUCAGAUAACAAAGAAGAUCAGGUUCUUGGGGGUUCGGUUCAGUGCCUUCAAUUUCACCGUUGAGUUUUUUCGCUCGGUUUUUCUGGUGCAGCAGGGCAGGAUGCCUAGACAUGCACCAAAAAGGGUCAAAUCCACACUCUUAUUGGACAAGUUGGAUGAUAUAAGUGACCAGUGGGUGAAUUCAGAUAUUCUGAUAUUCAAUACUGGGCAUUGGUGGGUUCCAUCUAAGCUUUUUGAUAUGGGCUGUUAUUUCCAGGUUGGAAGCACUCUUAAACUUGGGAUGUCAAUUCCUGCUGCCUUUAGAAUAGCACUUGAAACUUGGGCAUCAUGGGUUGAGAGAGAGAUUAAUAAAAAUAGAACACGCAUCUUCUUUAGGACUUUUGAGCCAUCUCACUGGAGUGAUCUUACUCGUAGAAUUUGCAAUGUGACCCAGUACCCAACAUUAGAAACUGAUGGAAAGGAUCAAAGCUUGUUUUCAGAUACAAUUUUAGACGUUGUAAAGAAUGUUACUUUUCCUAUAAAUGCUCUCCAUGUUACUUCUAUGUCUGCUUUCCGGAGUGAUGCACAUGUUGGUAAUUGGAGUGACAAUUCAUCUAUUCAAGAUUGUAGCCACUGGUGUCUUCCUGGAGUACCUGAUAUGUGGAAUGAAAUUAUCCUGGCCCAACUUUUUUCUGAAUCUGAAAUUCCUUUUCAACAAAUUGAAUCACUCGGUUGGAUGUCUCAGAGAGAGAAUACUUUUCUCAUACCUUCUAGGGCUUCAUCGUUUUUAUUAAUGGUGCAGAUUAGAGAGACUAACACUCUUAGUAGUCGCAAGCCUACCUCAAAUUCUGAUGCCUCCCAAGAAGUAUGGAUCGGAUUCUAACACCAUAAAUCUGAAGCCAUCUCAUUCUUCAAUUUUGAACUCUGCCAUCGACCAUGGUUUUCUUCAACACUCAACUGUACCAGGUUUUGUAAAAGUAUGGUCCAAUUACACAUAGCAACUUGUUAAAACAAAUUAAACAGGAAGUAAUUAUUUAAUUUGCCAAUUCUUUGUAUAUCAGUAAAGGUAUUGUCUGAGUUGCAUGUCAUGAUUUUUGGUUUUAGUCAUGACAAUACUGUUCUGCAUAGGAAAAAGUUAAGGAGAAGGAGAGUAUAGAUCAAUCAAUUUCUUUUUUUCAGAUUCCCUGUCUUAAUUAUGUAAUUGCGCUUUAUUCAAAUGGAUUUGUGUUUAAAUCGAUGCUGUUUCUCACUUUUUCUAUCGGCCUUGUGAAAAAUGGAGGAACGGCACCAUUUGACAGGAUUAAUCACGGGAUCACCCCUAUUCAGAAUUUCA